CCAUCUUUUUGGUGAUCAGAGUAUCUCUUUGGCAUUGUCUGAUAUGGUGAGUGUAGGAAGCUGCGAAGGGCGAAAGAACUAAGGAGGAGAAGGCGAGGUUAAGGGCUUUCAGGAGACGUCGGGUCGGGUCAGGUCGGCGAGAGAGAAGGCGCGUGUAGGCAAGGGUAUCACGUGUGUGCGAAGGGUCGAGCAUAUCUGUGUGUGAGAGUUUGAGGGUUUGGCACGGAUGGGGCGUGUGCAGGGUUGGUGUAUAAGCGAGCGACGGAGAAGGGGGUGGGUUUGAGAAAACCCAGAUCUGGAAAGGAAGAAGAAGGCAGAAGAAGGGGUGGGUUCGAAGGAUUGAGAAAGAGGAAAUGAAGAAUACGGUAGCUGUUUCCGGUGUGGCGGAGCAUCCAAUACCCUACACCAACCUCCGCCUCAUCAGUCGCCCAGACUGUAGAGGUCUUCCAUGCCUUGUCUUGAUUCUUUAAUUUCUUUUGUUUUUGAUAUUGCUGUAACUAUGGAGGGUCGAGAUCAGGAUUUUUUGUAUAGGAAUACUAUUACUUUAUCUUUUGCUUCAUUUCUUCAUUCCUUCUCUGGUUUAUUAUUAUUAUUAUUAUUAUUAUUAAUUUUGCUCUAUUAAUCCAUGAUGAGAUUAGUAAAUAAUCGCUGUCUUA